UCUUAGAAAAAUGUGUGGUUAUGGUUGUUUUUUUGGAGGGAGUUUUUGAUAGUGAAAGUGAAAAGGCUUUAGCUCAGUCAGCUACAAUGGCGGUUUCUAUGUUCAUAGCUGCUAACAGAACUGUGAAGUUGAACUUUCCCAUUGUAACGAAGGCGGAUAAGGUGUCUAUUGAAUCCUUCCAAGGUUUCUCCAAGCCCGUGCGUUGUUUUCCGGUAGAACAGCAGGUUGAGGCAGGAAUCUUGUGUGAGCCUUGUGGUGGCACUGGAUGGCUGCUCUGUGAUUUUUGUAAAGGUCAGAAGACCAAUGUGAAAUCUGAGACUAACAAAAUUUAUCGUCGAUGUCCAUCAUGUAGAGCUGUGGGGUACUUCUUGUGCUCAAAAUGUAAAGUUUUCAAAUGUGUUACCUUCCCAAAUGAUGAAGAUGGUGAGGUUCUCAGUAUUUGAACUUGUUAAUUCAUCUCAUUAUCAUACAUAUAAUUUUACUGA